CAGGCGCUCGCAAAUACGCUUUCCGGCGGGCGGGUCGAGGUGGGAGAUUGCCAGUUGGAGGCGUGAGUUUAUCUCCGGGUGCAGCAGGGUCGGUGUUUUGUACCUUGGGGGCCUCUCUGGCGACGUGAGCACCCCGACUCAGCAUGCCGGGCGUGAAGCUGACUACCCAGGCCUACUGCAAGAUGGUGCUACACGGCGCCAAGUACCCGCACUGCGCGGUCAACGGGCUUUUGGUGGCCGAGAGGCAGAGGCCGCGCAAGGAGCAUCCGCCGGGCUCGGGCAGCCACACUCUCUUCGUGGACUGCAUCCCGCUUUUCCACGGCACGCUGGCCCUGGCGCCCAUGCUGGAGGUGGCGCUCACCCUGAUCGACUCAUGGUGCAAAGAAAACAGCUAUGUGAUCGCCGGCUAUUAUCAAGCUAAUGAGCGUGUGAAGGAUGCCAGCCCAAACCAGGUGGCAGAGAAGGUGGCCUCCAGGAUCGCUGAGGGCUUCAGUGACACUGCACUCAUCAUGGUGGACAAUGCCAAGUUCACGAUGGACUGCGCAGCACCUACAAUCCAUGUCUACGAGCACCAUGAGAACAGGUGGCGAUGCAGAGACCCACACCACGACUACUGUGAGGAUUGGCCGGAGGCACAGAGGAUCUUGGCAUCGCUCCUGGACGGCCGCUCCUAUGAAACACUCGUGGAUUUUGAUAACCACCUGGAUGACAUUCGGAACGACUGGACAAACCCUGAGAUCAACAAAGCAGUUCUGCACCUGUGCUAGAUGAGGGCCACCACAACUGGACACUGCACUACAGAGAAGAGAAAAACCUAUUUUUAAAUUUCGAGUAAUAGUGGACUAAGUCUGUGGUGUGUGCCUUGGAAGGGGAGUCCGAUCGGCAUCCUUCAGGGCAGAGUUGUGGAGAGGUGUAGGCCGCCUAGGCUUUUGGGUUCUUUGUUCUGUGCUGCCUGGUCCUGCCCAUCAGAGCUCUUUCUGCUUGUCCCGGGGUGUUCCCAUUAAACAGUUCUAGCCUUUUAUAAUCUAGAAAGGGUGCAUUUCAGUCUUUACUCUGGUGAGUGUGUAAGUCGUCAGGCCUCCUCGUGGACUGUUGGAGCAUCAUCUGAUCAGCCAAGUUGGUGUCAAGACUAGGAGCUGUGGGCUGCACAGGGGAAAGAGCCAGCACCGCUGCCUGAGAAGCCUCGCUGUACAAUGAACACAGCACGUUGGUAAUGAGAACAUAGAUCCCAUGAGGAGAGGAAGCUGAGCCCAUGAACAUUCCCAAAACCUGACUCGGCUGCUCUGGGUCUUCAGAGUGAGACCUGCUUUGUAUUUAAAAUAAACAAAAAACAAACAUACAAAAAGGAAAAAAAAACCCUAGUGUUUGGUGUCUCCGGGAUGUCCCAAGCAAUGUGCUUGUUAGCUUGGAUUGUUUGACCAAGUGUUCUUACCAUCUUAGGAAAUAGUAAGAAGACUUGGUGCAUUGUGUGUUGUCCUUUGGACCGUUUUACACGGAGAAAUAGUGCCUUUCCUUAGGCUUCAUGAGGCUGGUGGCAAGGGUUUGUUGACAGCAUUCUCCCCCUCAUUCUGGCAUCUCUUGCCUUUUACUGUUUUGUUUUGCUCUUGAUUUUGUUUGUUGGCUGGGGGAAGUGUUUAGUUUCAGUUGACUGAGAAUAUACCUUUGCUGUCCUUAUUGACACGGAGGAGCCUGGCCUUGAACGUGCAGUGAUCCCUCUGCCUUUUCUUCUCAGUUACUGAGAUCAGCACCCCUCCCUGCUCUCCUUAACCUUUCAAACUGACCUUGUCAGUUUCUGAACUAAGGAAGAUGUGAGACACCAGUCCUCACCCUCAUACAGAGGGUUUUGCAGGCUCCUCUAUCCCAGGACAGCGUCGGCAUGUGCUCUCCCCUUCCACCCCCCUCCAACCCCUGCCUCGCUUAUUUUUGAGAUGGGAGUUUUUGUGCUAGAGCCGGAGUUGGGAGUAGCUCACUGUUCUUCUGUCCAAGCCAGGUAUGGUGCCCAUGCCUUGUCCUAGCACAGAAGGGGAGGAUCACAAGUUUGAGUCCAAUUCUUCGUAAUGAGUUUCAGGCCAACAAAACAAAAUCUGAGUGCAGCAGGUCACCUGUGUACGUUGUUUUCAGGGACAACUCCCUUAAAGCUGUGGCUGGCAAACGGUUCUAUAUAACUCGCACAUCAAAGAACAGGAACCUGAGAGGCAGGAGCUGAAGCAGAAGCCAUGGAGGAACUUACUAGGCUCAUUCUCUGUGAGGUUUGUUCAGCCUGCUUUCUUACAUGAUUCAGGACCAUAUGCUUGAGAGUAACACCACUCAGUGGGCCCUUCUAUGUCAAUCAUUAAUCAAGAAAAUAACCUACAGACUUGCCUACAAUCUAAUAGUAGCAAUUCUUUAAUUGAGGAAGGUGGUGACUAGACUACAUCAGUUGACAAAACUGACCUGCAGUGUAUUUGUCAGGGUUCUCUAGAAUUUUUGAUGGGAGUGUUUCUUACUCUAUAAAUAAUAUAUAUUUAUGUAAAAUGGGAUUUAUUGGAGUCACAAGUAAUGAUUCAACUAUUCCAACAAUAUCUGGCAACCAGUGGAUAAUUCAAGAAUCCAGUGUUCAGUCCCCAAGACUGGAUGUCUCAGCUGGUCUUAAGUAUACACUGAAAUCACAAAGAAGUAGGCUCUAAUGCCAUUGAAAGAAUGAACUUGCCAGUGUGGGCAAGAGUAAGCAGGCAACAACAACAGCUUCCUUCCAUGGUCUUUAUAUAGGCUGCCACCAGAAGGUGUGGCCCAGAUUUAAGGGAGAUCUUGCUACCUUAAAUGAUAAAUCAAGGAAAAUUCUCACAGAUGUACCCAGCAGCUUGGGGUUCAAUUAAUUCCAGAUGUAAUCAAGUUGAUGACCAAGAAUAACCAUCACAAGCAGACAGUUGUCCCUUGUCAACUUGACAUACAAACAGCACUAUUAAACCAUAACCCUUCUUUCUGUUCUUGUUUAUCCCCAAGUUGCUUUGGUCAGUUGUAGCACAGCAAUGGAAACUAAGCUAGGACACCAUUAACACGUAUAGUAAAAACUCAAUAUAAAAUUUUCUUAAACAUUCCAGAAAACUAGAAAGGAUUUUGAAGGUCUUACCGUAAGGCAAUGAUGAAAAGGUAGGCCUGUAUCAGUUUAAAUUUUUUUUAAUGAGUUUUCCCCUUAAUUUUGUUGGUUUUUCUGAGACAGGGUUUCAUUGUGCAUCCUGUGUAGACCAGGCUGACCUCUACCUCCUGGGUCUUAAAGGAAUUUUUCACUUCUACAAUUGCCUUUAAGGAUUAAAGAUACUGGCAGACAGUGGUGGAACAAACCUUUAUUACCAGCACUGGGAAAGCAAAGGCUGGUGGAUCUAUGUGAGUUUAAGGCCAGCCUGGUCUACAGAGUGAGAUCCAAGACAGCCAGGGCUAUGUAGAGAGACCCUGUCUCCAAAAUAAAAAAAGUUAAGGAUACUAUCCAGGCAUGGUGGCAUACACCCUUAAUCCUGACACUCAAGCUGAGAAAACUGCCACAAGCUGAGGCCAGCCUGGUCUAUAUUGUGAAUUCCAAGACAACCUGAAUCUAGAAUGAAGACUCAAAAAAAAAAAAAAAAACAGGAAAUAAUACUAAAGGAUGCUAAACAGACAAUGGGAAAACAGACAACAGCCUCGUUGGAAACUAUGCUGCUGAGGAAAAGCUGACUGCUAAUUUAGGGGUGUGGGAGUGUUUGCCUACACGAUGUGUGUCCAGUGUCUGUGCAAUAGAAAGCAGUUUGGAAAUCCUGGGGAAGAUUGUAAGGCCAGCAAAAUGGCUCAGCAGAUAAAUGCACCACCCUUCAAGCCUGGCAGUCUGUGUUCUGUGCCUGGGACCCACACGUUGUCCUCAGAUAGGUUGUCCUCUGACCUCCACACGUACACAUAACUGGUAAAUAAAUGUUAUUUUUAAA